UGAUGCGUUCCUCCUGAGCAGAAACACGUGAUUAGGCGUGUUUACCUAUGAUACAAUGUAGCGUCUAUGAGAGCAUCAACCUCAGCCGAAUAAUCAAUUAAACGGUUACGUUCAGGAUCAGAAUCACGUAUCGGAUUUACAUUAGGGUCUUCGCUGACAAAUAACUGCUUGAUGCAUCUGAGAAAAGGGAAUCGGAGAGUGUAGCCUGCGGGCGAGCGAGUCAAGCAGACAGACGAGGGGAAAGUUUAAUAGGUCGAUGUGGCUUUGAGGAAGUUGACAUCGAGCGUGAAAUACUAACGACUGUGGAAGUGACCUACAGUGGUAGUUGGACUAGUGGGCUCUUUUGAGGGAUACUGGACCACCAGAUGUAUUCCUAAAUCUCUGCUGCUAUCCUCAUUAUGGGCGUUAUAGAGGAGACUGACGUAGAGCAGGUGACCCUGGCUCUUUUGGAUGCUGCCAAUGACAGGGACCCGGUGGUGCAGGAACAGGUCAGGAAAUCCAUCUUGACACUGGGGAACCAGCAGCCUGAUAAAGUCCUGUCCAUGUGCCAGGACUACCUGCUCAAACACCCCAAGCUGGUGGUCGUGCACAGAAUGGUGGUCUUGCAAACCAUUGAGCUGGUGGUGAAGAGCAGGAUUGAUGACAUCAGUUACCCCAAGAUCAAGAGUGUCAUACAUCUGGCGUCAGAUGAGAUGACUAAAUCAAAGGAGGUCGUCUCAGACUGGCAGCAAGCAGCUAGUAAUAUACUGGUUGCUGUGGGAAACAAAUAUAUUAAUGACAUCAUGGAGGAGAUACUCGGGAAGUUCCAGCCGGGAGUUUUGCCUCACUUCUUUGUGGUCCAAACACUGGCCAGUCUCUCGGAUUCAAAUGUAUAUGGAAUGGUGCCUUUUCUCAAUGCUAUAAUGGGAACCAUGUUGCCCAUGCUGGGCAUGACCAAACAAGACAACAUGAAAUGGGUUUUCUCUUUCGCUCUCUGCCGCUUUAGUGAGAGCAUUCUAGAAUAUCUGGCCAACCUGGACAAGGCUCCAGACCCCACUGUGCGCAAAGACACCUUCUCCAGUGAGAUUUACUCGGCCUACGACAUCCUGUUCAACAGCUGGAUCCAGAGCAGAGAUUCCAAGCUGCGUCUGACUGUUGCAGAGGCUCUUGGGUCAAUGAGUCACCUGAUGGCACAUGAUAAACUGGAAGAACAACUUCCCAAACUCCUUCCCACCAUACUGAGCCUCUACAAGAAGAAUGCAGAACACUACAUCAUCAGCAAGAGCUUGUGUCAGGUCCUGGAGGCCUCUGUGAAUAUGGGCAGUAGAGUUUUGGAGACACAGAUUGAUGGUCUGUUAGUUGCUCUGCACCAGCAGAUAUGUUCGCCUGUAGACUUCAACAACCCUCCAACUGUGAAAAAUCACAACGAGGUCCUGCGAUGCUUCAGUAUCCUUGCUAACACGUUCCCGGACCGUCUGAUGGUAUUUGUCCUCCAGAGGUUGGAAAACAGUAAUGAGAGGAACAGAAUGGGCUCACUGGCUGUUCUCAGACACCUCAUCAACUCAUCCCCCUCCACUAUGGAAACCAAGAAGCUCCUAAUUCUAGCCAGCAUCAGGCAACCUCUGGCUGACCACAGCAAUAAGGUGAAGAAGAGAGUGGUGCAGGUGAUCAGUGCGAUGGCUCAUCAUGGUUACCUGGAGCUGGAGGGAGGAGACCUGCUCGUCCGCUUCAUCAUCCAGCACUGUGCUCUACCGGACACUUACCAUCGAGGACAGCGACCACCAGACCCAGAGGAAGUGACUAAUGAGGCUCUGCGUAGUAUGUGUGAUAACACACUACAUCUUUUCACUACUACAGUGGGCCGCCUGACUGACGUUCUAUGGCCGAUGUUGCUUUGCUACCUGACCCCAAAUCAGUAUGCCAACGCCACCACCCCCUUGUGCAAGAGUUUAAUUCUUCUGGCCAAUAAGAAGCGAACAGCACAAGAACCCAACUUCAUCAUCGACUUCAAUGCACAAGGUUCUAGUCUUCCCUCGCAAUAUAUCCUGUUGAUAAGGCUUUUGGUGAAUGCCUCGUUCCCGUUUCGAUGCAGGGGACAUGGUGCUCCCUCCCUGAGUCUGCUCAGCGCUAUCAGCCCUAACAUUCACCCUAAAGCAGAGCCACUGUGGGAAAAUGAGAUUCCAAAGCUGCUCAGUUAUCUUGAAGAAUCAACAGAAGAAUCUCUGGACAAAAAGAAAUGGGAAGAAAGUUUACUUAAGUUCCUGUCUAAAACUGUGGCAGCCAUUGACGACAGCCAGUGGACCGGUCAGCUUGCAGUAGAAGCCACACGAUACCUGCCCACCUACAACAACUCACUGGAGGAGAAGAGUUUUUUGUAUAGGUGUGUCGGUGUGAUUCUCCAGCAGUGCUAUAAUAAAGAGUUGGUCAGGAAACAGCUGCAGGAGAUCCUGAUCAGCACUCGUCACAACGAUGCAAUCGAAAGAACGGGUGUUGCCAUGGGAAUCGGGCUGUGUGCCAGCAGCCAUCUCGAAGGCACUCUGGAAAAACUGGAGGAAUUUGGGAAGUCUGACGCCUUCAGGAAAGCCUCAGGGAUAUUUGGUCUUCUCAAAGAUAAAAACGAUGUUGAUGUGGAGAAAAUGAAAAGCACUCUAAUUUUGUGUUACGGCUAUGUUGCGUUGCACGCUCCAGAAGAUCAGCUCCUCACUCGCAUCGAUAGUGACAUUCUCCAAAACAUCUCCAAGAACUUCAAUACCAAGGUUCUGGGAAUUAAAGUAGAGACCAAGGACCUGACUAUGAAGCUUAGUCUCAUUCAUAGUGUUGGACUCAUUGCCAAGGCCAUCAGCAACAGUGUCCGUAAACAGGGCUUCCUGUUCUCCCGCAAACAAGAGCUGAUGGGGGUUAUGAUGGAUUUCAUCAAAGCUGAACCAGCAGAUGUCUUGCGGACCCCUGUUCGCCAUCUUGUUAUGACCACGUGUGCCAACCUCAUAAACUUAGAUCCUCCUUUAUCAGAAAAUGAAAACUUUGACUUGUUAAAAACAUGUUUGAAUGGUGUUUAUGGGCUUCCUACUGUGGACACUCUGGACAAAGCUAAAGAUGAAGAAGCCCUGGAUCCACAGCAAAGAGAGACGUUAUAUUCAGAUACUUUUAACGCUCUUCUUGAAUUGCUGAAGAAUUUGUUAGCCAGAGAUUUGAGUCCUGACGGUCUGCAGUCUGUUUUCAAGCAUAUAGAGAGCUGGCUGAGCUCAGGACAAGACCAUGAGCGGGAGAGGGCAGUAAAGACCAUGGCAGAAUUACUACAGUUUUACCUGGAACAUCUCAAUGUGAAGAAUAUAGUGUCAUUCCAUAAUUUGGGAGCUCUUGUGGGGCGUCUGGCCCCACGGUGCACCGACCCAAACCCUGAGGUGCGGCGGGCAGCCAUAGACUGUGUCUAUAGUCUAAUGUACAUUCAGCUGCGCUAUGAAGGCUUUUCACUGGACUACAAGGACGAUUCAGUUGAGGGUCUUUUAGAAGUUCGUGAGAAGCUAAGCAAUCCUGACCAUUCAGUCUUGUAUAACACCUGCUCUGAACUGACUAAGAUCAUCAGUAAGCGUUUGCCCCAGCAGCAGUUGAGCACACUAUUGUUUAUUCUGUUUGAUGGUUUGGUGGACUCUCAGUCCAACUGUUCCAGAGCAUCCAGUGUGAUCCUCAACACCUUGCUGAAGAACAGAGGUGCUGGCCUGCAGGAUCUGGUGCCAGAGAUGUUGGAGGUGUUGCACAACCGGCUGCAGGUGAUUGGUGAAGAGCAGGUGAAGGUGGCCAUCGGUCAGUCCAUCCUCAUCCUCUCUACACAGCACCUGCAGACAGUGGUCAACACGCUCGUCGCCUACCCACUACCAUACGACAGCUGGAGCUGUGAGAUGUGGAUGGCUUUAGGAGCAGACAGCACUCUGGCUCUGCAAAUCAUGGAGAUGAUUAUCGAGAAGCUCAGUGUUAUGGUUCCCUAUGUAGAUAAGAAGGAGUCCAUGUUGAGACCCGGUUUGACCAAAGUUGCCACAAGCCACCCAUUGGCUAUGACAUGUGCCCUACGUGAGAUGAUGCUGAAUGGUCAGUCAGCUGACGCCGUGGCGUAUCUGUUUCCAAAGCUCUUCAGCACUCUGCUGUUACGUUUGGGUUCUAGCGUGGGAGUUCAGCUACCGAAAGAUCUCAACAGCAACAGCAUCAUUUUAGACCGCAAAACAACCAACAAAAACAGUGUGGCCAAUUUUGAUGUGUGCGGGGUGGCAGUGGAGGCCUUGCGAAUCCUGCUGGGUCGAGCUCAGCUGGACGCUGUCGUGAAACCAUUAGAUCAGGAGGGAGCUUGGGACAAGAUGAAGGACCCACAGCAGCACACAACAGGAGUCACUCUGCUCUCCAGAGCAAUGGCAAAGCAUGCUGGUCCAAGACUCCCUGCCAUUGUGGAGAGUCUGUGUCCUUCUCUCUGUAAUAUUUACGAGUGCCAGAGGAUCACAGUCACAGCGUUCUUCUCUGAGCUGCUGAACCACCAUGUAGUGACUGAACUGAUGAUUUUGGACAUGUUAAUGAACAACAUGAUGGAAAGAAUUACUGACACCUGCGGUACUGUCCGCAUGCUGGCGGUCCGAGGCCUGGGGAACAUUGCUGUCGGCUCACCUGAGAAGGUGAAUAAGUACGCAAAGGAGCUUUUAGCAGCCAUGAGUUCAGGUAUGGAAGAGAAGGAUGAUCCAGGGAAGCUCAUCACACUGGAGGCCAUGUCAGGGAUGUCAAAGAUAUUGCUUUACCUGGACCAAAAGAAUGUCCACCUGCUUGUGGUUUACAUCUUCAUGAAGAUAAAACCCUUUCUGGAGAAUGAAAAUGAUGAGAUCCGAUGUGCUUCCAUCCUGCUCCUGGGAAACCUGUCAAAGUUCGGCUCAGGUGAACCGGUCUUUAAAGACCAGAUCCACAAUGUUCUGGUCAGCUUGCUGUUGCACCUCAAUGAUCCCAACCCUCAAGUGGUCAAGGCAUGCAAGUAUGCCAUGCGCAUAUGCGCUCCAGUCGUAGGUUCAGAACAGAUCUCUGCCAUGUUCCAGAAUCAUCUUCUUGAGGAGAAGGGUCUGCACUAUGGAGAGUUCAUUAAUGACCUCACCAAAUACCUUAUCCAGGAUUUCCCAGGCAUGCUGAACUUCUACCACAUCACAGUCAUUCAGUUCUUCAAGAGUAACUGGGCUGAGAUCAGAGCCAGUGCUGCCAUGUUCAUUGGUUUUUUGCUUGGGAACCUUCCUGAUGAGCAUUUCUCCCAUAUGAAUAUGGGCUCAGUGACCAAGGGUCUGGUGAUGCUGCUGCAGGAUCCAGAUCCUCUCGUGCGGGUGAAAGCUGCUGAAGCCAUGGGCCACUUUCACUGACGUUACCUCCACUCUACAGCCAAUCAGAUUGGUCUUUGAUUUUAAGUUUGUUGCUUUGAAAAAGGAGGAAGCCUUGAAUUGUUGUUCUAUAAUAAGCCUUGAAAGGUUUUUAUUUUUGACCAAAGACUGUGCACUAGUUCUGUAAGAGAAUAGAAGAAUAAAAAGAAGACAUGUAUUGACGUUACAGCACUUUUACUGUAAGUACUCACAGAUAUAUAUGGUGUGUGUGAUCCCUAGAGUGUUUUUUUUUCACCUGCAGUGGCUUUUUAAUGUGAGGUACGUACCUUCGAGCCCUUUAAAAAUUAGACUUUUUGAAGUUUGUAUGCAAGUAGGCCUACACUAAUAUUGCUGGUAUUACCAAAGAAUAUACACUGACAAGAAGCGAAACUCAAUAGAACGUUCCAUUGCAACACCGGCGCCCAGCAGCAGCCCUGCGUUUCCGACAUUUUGGGGUGAAAGCGACUCGGCAGUCCACUAGUUUCUAUGGCAAUAUCAGCUGCUUUGUUAAAAAAAAAACGUGAAAACCUGAAUGAUGACAACACAGAAUAACGUACAAACAACGGGAUUAAAACCUAUAUAUUUCAGACCUAGUGGAGUAAUUUACUCCACUUUAAUCCCCUGGAUCACGCUGCAAAUAUGAUGAUCUUAACUUUAUUAAUUUAUUAAUUUACUAUUAAUAGUAAAUAUGUAAAUUUGCAUACAAUGGAAAUACUCAAAGUAGGCUAACUACGUUACCUCAGAUGUGUACGUUAAUGGUUGGAUUCCACAACUGAUAAUAUAAAACUUAUAUAGCCCAAGACAAUACAACAUUUACUGUAGGUAUCAUAAAAUUUACUGAAUUUGAGAAUUUUUCUAUUGCGUUCCUGAUUUGGCUGUGAGAUUCGCCGAUUUUGGGUGUGUAAGAUGUGAUGUCCAGUUGGCAUUUUCACCCCAAAAUGGCUGCCGCGCUAACAAAGCGACACCUAGUGGCUGUUACCCAAAAAGCAUCAUAGUUUCGCCUCUUGGGUUCUAUAUUCUUUGGUAUUACUUGCUUGACCAUUCCUGUAGUGUGCUAAAUGCAUAUCAACACUUCAUUAAAGGGGUCAUGAAUUGAGAAAUCAAAUUUUCCUUGAUCCUUUUGACAUGUUAGAGGUCAUCGUACUAAAAACGUUUCAGAACUUGACUUCCUUGUUAGUUUAAAAACAGCUUUUAUUGAAACCAAGUUCUGAAAACGACUUGUUUCAGAUUUUGUCACAUUUAUGACGUAAUAGUGCGAUGAAAGACCGCUUCUGCAGAAUCAGAUGUGGAAAAAGGUUAUUUAUUUUCAACUAUGUGAAUGUCUCAGUAGAGCAUUAUUUGUUUGUUCGGUACAUUUCCCUGUGGAUACUUCAGUAAAUAAGUUGCAAUUUCGCUGCAGACUUUUAGAUAUGAACCCGGUUUCUGAUAUGUAAUGAUUCACGUACAGACAGACGUUCUUCGUCUACUUCUGUUUAUGCAUCAGUAAAUCAGUUCCCAUUGUUUGACUAGCCUGAAAAUAAUGUUAUUUAAAUUGAUUCAAUUAUAUACAGAAAGCGAUCAAAGAACGACGCUCCCUUUAUAAUCGCUGGAGCUGUCAAUCAAACAGCUCACAGAGUUUAUCAAUGACUGAGUUCUGGACUCUCGCCAAAACUUCUGUUAUAAUCAAUGAAGCUACUCUGUCUACUCUGCACAGUGAAUCUUACACCAUGUUUGCACUGUUAGUUAUGAUGAAAGCAUUUGUGAGUGCAGAAAUCGUGUUGCAAUGACGAGAUCACUGCAUUCAUGCGCUCAACAGUCAGUCUGUCAUCGGCUACAAUGCUCAUCUCUGCAACCUUUCACGCAACGAGAGUAGAUCUAAAUAUAAUGCUGUAAUCAACAAUUUUCACGAUUUGUUAAUCUGGACAGCUGUAAUAGUAAAGACUUUUAAACGUUUUCGAGAGAGUUCCACAUGUAAUACUUAUUUCAUAUGCAAAGAUGUUAGCCAAUCAUAGCAGUGGGCAUUUAUAUUGAACUCCGAGAUUGAAGUCUCACAGGAGACAUACCCUUCCAACAGAGCGUUCAGAGUAGAAAAUGGUAAAAUCAGGGUAGAAAAUGGCCUUUUAUUUCUAAAUUGACAAUUUUUGAUAUAAAAAUCAUACUAACAUUACAAGUGUACCACAUUAUAAAAUAAAAAAUGCAGUUCAUGACACCUUUAAAUCAUUAUAAAUGUAUGUAGGAUGAAUCAAUAUAUUGGAAACCAAAAUCAACACUGCAAGGUUUUCCUGGUAAUUAAAUCUGAUGUACUGCUCAGUUAGAGUUUAAUCCUAUAAAAAUGUUUUAAGGAGACUGUUGAGUCAUAUUGACCACCAUAAACCUUCAGCAAUAAAUCACCCUAAUAGGGACAUGCAUUUGCAUAAUCUGCUUAGCCAUUAACUGCAACUGAAUUCUCCUGUUGUCCACAAUCAAAAAAAGAUAAGCAUUUAUAGAGUUUUUGCUGUGACAUCUGUGGUUGUGAUUGUAUCUCAUGCACUACAGUGGAACAAACACAAUUGUGCUUCCUUCUUAUCCAAGUCGGAAAAGUAGACAAUAACAGUGCCAAAUAGAUUUGUAAAGGAUAAAUUGUAUUAGAGUAUAUGUUAAGAUUUCUGACAUGUUUCAUACUCAUUUUGCAAAGUGUCUGUGUAGCUGAAACACCAGUGCCAGCCUUUCUGUGGCACUUGUCUCAUUCCGUUUUGUAAAGUAUAUCUUUGAAAUUAAUAAUUCACAUGUGUGGCCACGGUUUCUGAUUUUGAGCAUAAAGAGUAUUGAAUUAAUUAAAUUGAAGAUUUUUUUUUUUUUAAGUUUCAUCUUAAUGAACAGGACAAAAAGUGAUGAUGGUAUGGUGCAUCAGCUAUUUUUACAAGUUUGGUACAUAUACUGUACAGUGUCCUCAAGAAGUAGUUGGACAUACUGAGAUACAAUGUAAAAACUUUUGAUGUAGUGGGUCUAUUUCAAUGUAAAUGGCCUAAUGGUGUCUUCAUUCCUUUAGCUGCUUAAUAUUUAAUGAAUGUAGGCAUUAAUUAAUUAGGCAACAAACACUUUGUAAACUGCAUUGGUGUGAUUCUCAGUCUCACAAGAGCCACACAUAGUUAAUUACAAGAAUGAAACAGUCUUAGAUGAUGAAAAUGAUCAGAAGUCAAUUAUCUUUAUAUUUUGUCUUGGUAUAUACACUACCGUUCAAAGUUUUGGGGUCAUUUGCAUUUUCUAAUCAUCAAAGAAUCCUGAAAAAAAUAUUAAGCAGCACAACUAUUUUCAACAAUGAUAAUAAUAAGGAAUGUUUCUUAAGCAUCAAUUACAUCAGCAUAUUAAAAAUGAUUUCUAAAGGAUCAUAGGACACUGAAGACUUGCGUAAUGAUUCUGUAAAUUCAGCUUUGCCAUAAAAGGAAUAAAUUACAUUUUAAAAUAUAUUACAAUAGAAAAAAAGUUACUGUAAUUAGUACAAAUAUUUCACAAAAUUAUCGUUUUACUGCUUUUUUUUAAUCAAAUAAAUGCAGUUUUGGCAAGCAUAAGACGCUACUUUCAAAAACAUUCCAAAGUCUUACUGACCCCAAAACUUUUGAACUGUAUGUCUGUUCUUUUCUGCAAAACAGUGGCUCUGGUUUGGCUCUGUGAAGAAGAGCUGAAACUGGGUGUGGAGAGAGAGAAAAAUAUUACAACUCCUUUGUUCCUCAGGGUGUUUAAUAUGUAUUAGCACAUGUGCUAAUACAUAUUAAAGUGCUUACUAAGAACAAUUAAACACUUCAGAAUUUAGCAAUUAGUUGCAGUUAUUUAAUGUGGUCAGGAACCCUGUGUGGUAAUGACACUGGGAUUCAUUCUUGGAUAAGCCACAACCAUCACAAAAUAAGAUUGUGUUUGUUUCUGGGAUGGAUUUCAGAGCAAUCAAACUCCCACUGAAUGUUUCACAGGUCUGCUGGGCGAACAUGGUAUCGGGUGUUACGUUUGCUGCAUCUCAUCAAUUUGUUUUUAUGUCUUUUGUUUUAUUUUUAGACAGAAUUGUUUUGUAUCAUGUAAAGCUGAUCUCUGGAUGAUGGAGAUAACAAUAUGUAGAACUGAAUCAUUAAAGUUAUUGUACAUGACAACCCA